AUGGGGGACAAGAGAGAGAAAGGUGGAGCGACGGUGGUGGGGGCCGGAGUUUCUCCGAUGGGGAUAGCAUCCCCGGAGGAAGAGGAGACGGCGGGCGGAAGCGCUGGUGUGCGUACGGCAGAGACUCUGCUGCGGCUGCUGCCGAUGGGGCUCUGCAUUAUGGCCCUUGUGGUCAUGCUCGAGGACGCCCAGACUAACGAUUUUGGUUCGAUCUCCUACUCCAACCUUGGAGCUUUCAGGUAA